AUGGCCGACUCCGAAAUAGUGAAAGACGUUGUCGUGACCCCAGGUGUCUUUGACGAAGACUUGGCCGAGGAACUCUACAACCUGGACAGCCCAGUAAACUUUCGAUUUUCUCCGAAAUGCGACAGGCUGGUCUAUCAGAGUGGCCUAACCUUCAUUGGGGCCAAGGAAAAGCAAAAAGGCACCAUCUGGCUUGCAGCCACUGACCAAGCCGGGUCUGCUCGGCAGUUGACCACUGGCCUCUUCAACGACAGUAACCCAGAAUGGCACCCAGAUGGAGACCAUAUUAUUUUUCUGUCUGAUCGGGCCAGUCCAGGAGAUGCGCAGUCGAUAUGGAUGAUGCCUCUGACUGGCGGAGACGCACGCCCCGUUUCAUCAACAGAGGCUAGGAACAGCGUACAGUCGUUUAAAGUAUCCCCUGAUGGCAAGACGAUUGCAUUCCUGUCCAAUGAUGAGAUUUCCAAGGAAAAGAAGGAGCAAGAGGAAAAGGAUGGGGCUCUUCCUCAAGUCUGGGGAGAGGACUGGAUCUACAGAAGGCUACGUAUCCUGGACAUUGAGUCGGGCAAAGUCCGCACGCUCAGCGAAGAAAAGCGCCAUGUCUACGAGAUGGAUUGGCAUCCUGAUGGCAAGAGCAUCGCAUACAGCAGUGCUGCCAAUACCGAGGAACCUGAGCCUGUCCUUUCUGGUGCCAGGCUAUCUGUGGUAGAUGUUGACAGUGGCGCUAUCCGCCAUGUUUACAAUGUUCUUGCUGAAGUGUACGAUCUUACUUAUAUGACGGAUGGAAAGCUGUACUUUAUCGCACCCUACGAGAUUCAUCUGAUCAAAGGAAAUUCGGGUGCUCACUCCGUUGACACAUUGGCGGCCGAACCAACUCUCAACAGGGCCGCGCUCGGGGAGACAGACUCACCGGUCCAGAUUUUGAAAGAGGGCGAUAAGGUGUACAUCCGACGUCAAAACCGAAUUCAGGACGAAGUAUGCGAUAUUGACGGCAACGUCAUGUUCGCUAAUGGCGAGUCAUUUAAGCAAUGGAGUGUUGGAAUUGACCCCGAAUCACAGCAGCCCAUGUUUGCUCUCGGCCUUUCUACGCCGGACAAGCCAUGCGAGGCAUAUGUUGUCAGGAGCGGCAAAGACACCAUCCAGUUAUCCAACUUUGGCAAGGCUGUGAAAGACAAAGUCAACGCAACGACACACAUAUUUACUUGCCGAUCCUUAGACAACGAAGAAGAUAUCGAGGGCAUCUUUAUUGUGCCGACGGCAUCAAUCGGCUCUGACUCUGACUCUAAGCCGGCUAAGCCUCUUCCAACGGUUGUCAUGCCCCAUGGCGGCCCAACAUAUAGAGACAGUCUAAACUUUGACCCCUCCCGCUUUUCCUGGACACCCUACCUCCUCAACAAGGGCUACGGCAUCUUGCUCAUCCAGUAUCGCGGCAGCACCGGCUACGGUCAGCGCUUCGCGGCCUGGAGCGGCCGCGGCAUUGGCACAUUUGACUACGAAGAUGUGAUUAGCGUGACGGACCAUGCGAUUAAGCAAGGCCUUGCCGACCCGAAGCGAAUGGUCGUUGGAUACUGGAGCCAGGGCGGUUAUCUUGCGUACCUGUGCGCUGUACGCAACGGCCUACACAACCUGGGAUGGAAGUUUAAUGCUGUGAUUGCAGGUGCCGGCUUCUGUGAUAUUGACAGCCUCAUGCUGGGGUCUGAUUGUGGCCCUACGGACCAAGUCGAGCUGGCUGGAUUCAAGGGCCCGUGGAAGAUUGAUAGGGAUGACACUACUGCGCGAAAGGCUAGUGCCAUAUGGGAAAUGAAGCAUGCCGUGGAAGAGGCGAAGCGCAGGGGCGAGAUGGUAAUUCCGCCGGUGCUGAUUCUGCAUGGCGAGCUGGACAACCGAUGCCCGUAUUGGCAGGCCGUGGCAUUUCAACGUGCCUUGCGUUGUUAUGGCUUGCCGUGCGAGUUUGUCACGUAUCCGGGACAAGGCCAUAUGUUGAUGCCCAGGAGUCAUCAGAUGGAUGCUCUCAAGCGGGUGGCCCGGUUGUGUGAUGCGUAUGCUGGGCCGGGGUUCAAGAUUGGGGGAGAACCUUAAAGUAUACUAUUUUGAUAGAGGUGGACUUUUCGGGUUGGCCAUAUAGA